UACAGGAAGUCAGUUUCACGCUGCCUCGCACUUCGCUCAAGGAUCUUGGCCUAUUAUUUUCUGUUAUGACAAAUGUGGAUUAGCGAAAACUAUCUGCCGAGAUUUACAUGUUAAAAGAUUAGGGAACAGGUCGUCAAAUCAAUCAAAAUGAACCGGUCACUGAUCAAGCAGAAGAAGGACUGGACAGAUGAAGAGAGGAAGGAGCUAGCAGCCAAACUGGAUGCUGAGUUUGAACAGUACCUUGAGGGCAUGAUCGAGAAGAGCAAGAACAAGUCUCAAGCUGAGCAUGAAGCAAGCAUAGAGGAAAUACUAGCCGAUAUUGACGGCCACCCAGCUUUCAUGACGUCCCAGGAUGAUUUAGACCUGACCAAGCCGCUGCAUCCAGCUGUGGAGGGACUCAUGGCCAUCAAGUACGAGAGUGACAACCCGACAGCUCGCGCAGACAGCUACAGAGACGAUGGUAAUGACAACUUCAAAAAGAAAAACUACCGCAUUGCAAUAGAAAACUACGCUGAGGCCAUUAGGAGCAAGAGUCCUGACAAGAAACUGAAUGCAGUGUGUUAUACAAACAGAGCUGCAGCGCAAUAUCACCUGGGAAACUAUGGGUCCUCCUUAAGGGAUUGUAUUUUUGCCCGCAAGUUUCAGCCUGAUCACUGGAAGGCCAUUAUGAGAGGUAUUGACUGCUGUAUGAAGCUGAACAAGCACGAGGACACCAUGACGUGGAUAGAUGCUGCUCUGCUGCUGGAACCGGGGCAGGAAGAACUCCUCAGUAUGAGGGCAAAAACUGACAAGCAGCAGAGGGUGAAGGAGCGGGAUGAGAGGAAGCAAGCGGCCCAGGACAGGAAAGAGGAGGCUGCAGACAGGAAGCUGAUAGCACUGAUACAGGAUCGUGGCAUCCGAGUCGGUGGACUGAGAAGGACAGCGGAGACCGCCAAGCUCAACCCUCUCCUGUUCACAAGUCUGGAGAGCCACAACCCGUCUGGAGCCAAGGUGCAUGUAGAUGAGAGUGGAACCCUGUUCUGGCCUGUUCUGUUUUUCUACCCAGAACAUGGACAAACAGACUUCAUUGAAGCCUUCAAUGAGAAUGAUGUGUUCUAUGACCACCUGUGUCACAUGUUUGGUCCAGGAGUGGAACCACCACCGUGGGAUGAGGACAGAAAGUACACCCCAGACGCUAUGGAGAUGUUCUUCGAGGAUCGUGUGAAAGAAGAGCUACAUAAAGUCGACCCCUCCUCCUCCCUGUUGCAGACCAUGAGGCAUGAGAAGUUUACUGUGAAUGCGGGCACCCCCUGUUUUAUCCUGCUGGUCGCAGGCUCCAAGUGCUGGACAGAUUACCUCAAACGAUACAAUUAUAAAACAUGAUUCAGGAUAAUAAAAUUUUAAAGCAUGAA